CCUCAGGCCUGUGCUUCCUGGGAGUGUUUUUGUUUUUUUUGUUUUGUUUUGUUUUGUUUUUUUCAGUUGAGGAGCUGAGUGCGGGAGGGUGCAGCUGUGACGGUGUUCACCCCUCAGUUGGCCGAAAACCUCUGAGUGCUUACCAAAAGAAGAAGGAAUCUUAGGGAAGUCAUGACAGUACCAAUGGACGAGUCCUUAAUACUUUUUGACUUUGAUGAUGAAGAAGAUGAUACAAAUGUUUUGGAGAAGGCUCUUUCUGAAGAAAAGAGCGUAGCAUGUGACAAGGAUGAGAAUAAGUCACCUCCUAUAGAAGCAGACGAAGAUAUGGGGGAUGAAAUACACAGUAUGUUGCAUAAAUUUGGAGAAAACGUAAGUUUCUCAGUGAAAAGGCAGAAUUUUCAAGGUUCUCUAGAGACACCAAUGGAGAUCUGCUACCUAUCAAGUGAUGAAGAGAAAGACGGGAGUACUUCAGAAAAGGAGGUUUUUGAAGAAAGGACUCCAUUAACUCAAGAUGAUGGGAAUGCAAAUCCUGAAGAAAUAGUUGGAGAUACACAAUCUCAAAUACAAAAUAUUCUUGGAAAAUUUGAAGGUGACAUUAACAAGACUCUUCAUGUAAAGAGAAAACACAUGGAAACUUAUAUCAAAGAUUCUUUCAAACGCAGUAACCAAAAAUUAGAACAAGUUUGGAAAAUGAACAAACGGGAAAGGAAGAAGAUCAACAGCAAAUUUUGUAAGCAGUAUAUAACUACAUUUCAGAAGUUCGAUAUGGAUGUACAGAAAUUCAAUGAAGAACAAGAAAAAUCAGCUAAUAAUUAUCAAAAACAACAAAAAGCAUUUAAACUGUCAAAAAGUAGCCAGAACCAGUCCCUGCAAGCAGUUAGAGAAGUGCAUGAGAAAUUCAUGAAGGGUUUGAUGGACUUGGAGACCAACAACCAUGAUAUGCUUUUUGGUAUAGACGGCGAACUGAGAAAAGAAAUGUCUAUGUUUAAAAAAAACCUCAUGAAGCAGACUCUGAAGUUCUCUUCUGCUUUUGAAACUUCUGACUAAUGAAAGCUUGUAUAUUUUCACUCGCUGCUUCAUUUGUAACUAAAAUUUUUGUUAACUUUGUCUCCUUCCCUGGAACAUCAGCAGGGAGUGAUUGCAAAUGUUUGAAAGACUCUUUAAUCCUUGUUACUCUGAUGAUUCUGAAAAGGAAGCUGAACCUGAGUGAUGGGGAUGUAAUUACAGGGUUAGCUGGGAGGUAAACCUUUAGAAUCAAAAUAGAAAGGUCCUUUUGAACAUCUUCAGUCAUUUUCUUGUUUAAGUGUAAGAGCCUCUUUAUAUUAACUUCCAAAUAAAAUCUAAAUGACUACU